AUGGCGACGGACAGGUGGUGCCGCCGGCGAGGUCGCCGCAGCGACAAGCAAAAUUGCAGGGCGCCGAGGAGGAAGGCGGCCCCGGGCCCGGCCGCGACGACCACCACCGUGGACGACGUCCCCGACCACCUCCUCGAGGACAUCCUCCUCCGGCUCGGCCCCUCCUCCGCCUGCCUCGUCCGCGCGGCGUACGCGUGCAGGCGCUGGCACCGCGUCGUCACCGGCGAGGGGUUCCUCGACGCCUUCCGUGACCGCCACGGCGAGCGCCACCACGUCGCGGGGCACUACCACACCGUCGAGGCGCACCACGAUUCGGCGUCGGCGGUGCUGCCCGGUGGCGGGACCUCCGUGUUCGUGCCAUCCCCGUCUCUCGCCGGCGUCGACGGCGGCCGCUUCUCUCUCGAUUUCCUCCCGGAGAACGACGACGGCGGCGACUCCCGCUGGGAGAUCGCCGACUCCCGCGGCGGUCUGCUCCUCCUCACCAAGAAGAAGAGACCAUACGCCUACCAUGCAGUAGACGACCUUCGCUUCUCGUUCUCGGACCUCAUCGUCUGCGAGCCCCUGACGCGGCGCUACCAGGGCAUCCUCUGUCCGGCCGACCUCCGUGGAUAUUCAUGCCUCGGCGUCUUCCUGCUCGACGGCGACGAAACCGGCGGUGGUGGCAUCAGCAUGUCCAACUUCAGGGUCAUCUGCGGACUGUACGAUCGGCACAGGUGGUACGAUAAUGUCAACUUUGGAGCGCCAUUGGUCUGCGUGUUCUCCUCGGGGAGCGACGGCGGCGGCUGGCGCCUACCGAAGAGCGCGGUCGCCGACGACAUCCAACUACCAGUAAGGUUCGGCGACUUGUCCUUGAGCUUUGUCGGCCGUGCCAAUGGCUAUCUCUACUGGGGAAUCGACCACGGCGACGGCGCCGUGCUCGUCCUCGACGAGUGCACCACGGAAUUCUCUUUCCUGACGUUCCCGGAGAGCAUCAUGGAGUCCUACCACCACCGGACCUUCCGGAUCAUCGCCGGCGCCGACGGCGCGACGCGUGUCGUCCGCGUCAUAGCCAACGAGCUCAAGGUCUUCAGGCAGCUCGCGGGCAGCAGUAGCCGCGGCGGCGGUCACGACGAGUCAUGGGUGCUCGAGAAGCUGGUGCGGUUGCCGGAGGCGACUCGGGGCCUGCGGGGGCACAAGGAGAGGUACUUCCAGCAGAACGGCGCCAUGAUCGUCGGGCAGAACGGCGCCAUGAUCGUCGCGGCGAACACCGCGUACGUGCUCCUGACGCCGGCGGUGAAAAAGUGGCUCUUCUCCGUCGAGCUGGAGACGAUGCGGGCGGAGCGGCGGCACGAGCGGAACAAGUACGCUGGCGCGGCUUACCCGUACGAGUUGCCAUUGCUGCGGGCUUUGCAAGCUGCAGAUGCUGCUACCGAUGAUCGCAUCACCGGCAGGAGGCGACGCCGGUGAGAAUCGAGUGAGAGGAAACGCUUUGUGGAUGAAAUCUCUUACAGUUUCUCAUCUUGUUUAUCCCUGUGAUUGAUACUGGCACGAGACUCGAUUCUCCUGUCCCAGGCAAGAUUCCGAGGGGCCGUUUGUUUGGAGGGAUUUAUCUAUAAGUCCCUUCACUUUAGUUUUUUUUAGCCCUUAAAAUAUCAAAUAGGAAAGAUUAAAAAAGACUAAAACUAUCUAGGUUCAUAAGUUCUUAGGAGAAGUGCUAAAAGAGACUAAAUGCCUAUAGUACACCUACUCUACUACUCUAGAUCUAUAGUUAUGUGUGUAGCGUGUACUAUUGAGAAGGUCAUUUAAUGAGAUUUUACUUCUUUUUAGUCUCUCCAAAUAAACAAGGUAGGACUAAAAGAGACUUAUGUUUUAGUCCUAAGACUUAUAGAAACAAACAGUCCUAAAUAGUGGGCUAAGAUAUUUAGUGGUUCUCUCUCAGACAACUAAAGACAUGCUAUAGCGGGCUAUAGCGAUAGCCAAGUAAUUUAGCUGUUUUGUAAAAAUACAAAGAAAAAUUGAAAAAUAUGACAGAAAUACAAAGAAAAAUUGAA